CCGUUGAGGAGGGCGUGUAACGGUUGUGAGAAUAACGGGAAUUUCGUGUCUGUCUACAGGUGCACCGAAUAAACAAACAAUAAUAACAGGAUGGUUAUCUGAUUACUGCAUGGGAAACCGGUGAGAUCGGACCCGGUGGCGCGGGGAUCAUGGCGGGGAUCAGACUGUGUUUGCUGCUGCUUGUUGGAUUGCUGAUUGGUGCGCGCUGCUCCAAACCGGACCUUCCGCGCGCAGUGGCGGCGUUUCUGCACACUGGCGAUCCGUCGGCGCUCGAGCGCGGAAACUGCACCGCGCGCUACGAGCUGCUGAGCGUGCGGCGACAGAGCGGGCCGCGCGCGCAAACGCAGCCGCACUCGCGCCCGAACGUCUCCACGCGCGGCGCCUUGAACGCCCUUACGCACGCCACGCGAUUCCUCGCCGCGUUGCUACGGGAUGAGGACCGGGACCUGAAUCUGGCGCAGUGGUGCCGCGCGCUAGUCCGGAGCGUUUUGGAGGGUGACGUCAGGGUUCACCGCGCGCUCGUGGCGUUUGACAUCACGUCAGGUCACGCGGGUCUCCUCAUGCAGGCUACGCGCGACACCGUCGCCGGGAUCGACAUACAGGACCUGACCGCGUCGGCGCGCGAACUCCUGGCGCGCCACACCCCCGACACCGAGUGGUACCACGCGCACGUUCACAAGCGCGCUCCCUCUCGGGACCGGGACAGACACCGGGAUCGGCACGCGGAGAGUGACGUCACCCACGAGAACCCGCAAGUAAAGUGGUCCGCGCCAUUUCUGGAGUGUCAGGCAGGGAUGCUGGUGCCUCGUUGGCUCCUCACGCUCUCAGCGGGAUUUUACUCCAUCAAACCCAACCUCACACCUGAGUUCAGGGGAGUUGUACGUUUGGAUAUCAAUCUGCAGGAUGUGGAUAUCGAUCAGUGUUCCAGUGAUGGCUGGUUUGGUGGAACUCACAGGUGUAACCUAACCAGCAUGGAGUGUCUUCCCAUUCCUGGUCAUGGAUUUGUUCUGGACAAAUACAAAUGCCGCUGCAAGAGUGGUUUUUACAACACCAACAGAGUGGCCAUCAAUGGAGUUAAGAGUAAGGCGUCGGGCACUCAGGACUCUGAGGUGCAUCCACAUGGUACCGAAGGUGUCAGUGUGUGCUUGCCAUGCCAGGAAGGAUGUACACACUGUAUUGAUGACACGCCAUGUGUAGCAGGUGGUGUGGGGCUCUUGCGCAUUACUGUACUGGCUUUACAGGGCAUCUGCAUGCUGCUGGACUUCAUCAUUAUGGUAUUGCUUUACCACUUCCGCAGAAACAAAAGUAUCAGGGCCUCAGGUCUGGUUCUGCUGGAGACCAUCCUGUUUGGAGCACUACUCCUCUUCUUUCCUGUGGUGGUUCUGUACUUCCAGCCCAGUGUGUUUCGCUGUAUCCUGCUGAGAUGGGUACGCAUGCUCGGCUUUGCUACAAUGUAUGGAACAAUCACGCUCAAACUAUAUAGGGUUCUAAAGAUUUUUUUGUCUCGCACUGCUCAGCGGAUUCCAUACAUGACCAGCUGGAAAGUACUGUGCCUUUUAUGCAUUAUUCUUCUGAUCGUGCUGUGGUUUCUGGUAGCAUGGACGUCGGCUGUGUGCCAGAACCCAGACUGGCACCUGGCACUUAUCACUGUGGGCUUGACACCAGAUGGCCUGCAGUUUAGCAUGUGUUUGCUGGACCGCUGGGAUUACAUGAUGGCAGUAGCUGAGUUCCUGUUCCUGAUGUGGAGCGUGUAUCUGUGCUAUGCUGUAAGGACGGUACCUUCUGCCUUCCAUGAACCACGCUAUAUGGCUAUAGCAGUGCACAACGAGCUCAUCAUCUCUGCUAUAUUUCAUAUAAUCAGAUUUACUCUUGCAUCUGAGCUGCACCCUGAUUGGAUGCUUAUGCUGUUCUUUGCCCACACACAUUUAACAGUGACAGUAACUUUGGGCCUUUUACUCAUUCCAAAGUUCCUGUUUGCGGGAACACACCUGAGGGAUGACAUAGCGACAGAGGCCUAUGAGGAUGAGUUGGACAUGGGGCGAUCAGGUUCAUACUUAAACAGCAGCAUUACCUCUGCAUGGAGUGAGCACAGCCUGGAUCCAGAGGACAUUCGGACACCAGACGAAAUGGGCCAGCUCAGUUCUAUAAAUGGCUGUGGCGUAAGAUCUUACGACAGUCAUUGGGAAAAAUGUACCAAUGAGGAGCUAAAAAAGCUCUAUUCCCAGCUUGAAAUCUAUAAAAGGAAAAAGAUGUUAGCCAACAACCCCCACCUGCAAAAGAAGCGCAGUUCCAAAAAAGGUCUGGGACGCUCCCUUAUGAGACGCAUUACUGAAAUCCCAGAGACCAUGGGUCGCCAGUAUAGCCGUGAUGACAAGGAGCUGGGUGAGCAUGCAAGCAACCGCAACAGCAUAUGUGUACUGAGAAAGAAUACUUUUGAGGCAUCUCAUUCAGCCAAACCUGUCAAAGAGGAGUCCCUAAAGAACAAGGUUUUUUCCCUAAAGAAGUCACAUAGCAGUUAUGACCAUGUCCGAGACAAGAGCGAGGAUUUAAGUAACUCAGCAACUGACAAAAUGGAAGUGUCCACCACAGAGGGAUCUCUUCUUGAAUCAUUGGAAAAGAAACUGGUCAAAAAAGAGUCUUCUGAAAAGAUUGAUGCAGCCAGUGAGUCAACUGAAUCAGUUCCCUUGGUGUGCAAGUCAGCCAGUGCUCACAAUUUAACUGCUGAAAAGAAACCUCUCCACCCAAGGACUUCCAUGUUGCAGAAAUCUCUUAGUGUCAUUGCCAGUGCCAAAGAAAGAACACUGGGUCUUGGAAAGACUCAGUGUGUAGAAGAUCCCAACAAGAAAACUCAACAAAAGAACAAAGAAGACAAAAGCCCUGUUGAGAAUGAAGAAAAAGAGGGGUAUAUGAAGAUGAUAGUUAGCCAGUCUGUUGAAUAUAAGCAAACUGCUGCUAAAACUGGAAUAAUGAAACGUCAGAAUAGUGGGAGCCAACCAUCUAUCUGCUCUGAGCCAGCAAAAAGCAAAGAUGGGUUCAACAUUUCUGAGGUAUGCCCUUGGGAGCUAGAGGAUUUGCCCACUCCCUCAGAAAACAAGGUCCAAAAACACGUGUCAAUUUCUGCUGAGAAACCAACUACAAUCCAAAGCAACAGCACCAAGGUUGGCAAACAACAGCAGCAGAAACAUAAAGGCUUGGAUCAGUCACCAUCUUCGACCCGACGACCUGUCCAGAAGCAGAUGGAUAGAGUAGAAGGAAAAAGUAAAGAAAGCCAAAAUCAGACUGAGGCUUUAAAACCAAAUUCCCACAGCCACCCUGCUCAAUCCAGAACACAGGCAACUCAAGGAGCAGAAGUCUGUCCAUGGGACUUUGAGGAACUGCCAACAAAAUUGAAAGACUCAGAUCAGAGCAGGUUAAAAACCACUGAGGUCAAAGACAAAACAGAAGCAAAGGACAGAGGAAGUACUAAUGCGAAGAGCAAAUCAAAAGAACUGCUGCCUUACAAACCUUUAGGCAGCUCCCAGAAGGCUCCUUCAAAAGCAGACAUCUGUCCAUGGGAUCACGAACCAACAAGUCCCACUUCUGAAAAGAUGCCCAGCCGAUCUCAGGUUACUAAAAUGAAAGAGGCUCCUGCUACAAUAAUGGGGGCAACUCCUGGGAGAAUAUUUCCAAAGGAAAUAGAGAAGACCAAGGGUACAGAUGAUGAGAGAACCAAAAUAAAGAGCAAGGACAAGCCAACUUUAGGUAAAACCACAGAAAGACCUCUCAGCCAAGCCGCAAUGGCAGAGAUUUGUCCUUGGGAUGUGGAUAGUAGUCAAGAGAUGGGGAUGGUAGAGAAACAGAAGAGUCCAAGUACUGCAAAAGGGAAAAGCAAACAAGCUGAAAUAUGUCCAUGGGACUUUGAAGAAUCAGCAACUAAAGAAUCGACUACAAAAACUGGUUCAUCUAUACCGAAGCAGAAAAGUCCAAAUUCCAGCAGAGCAAUUCCUGGCAGUGCCAAAAAGGCAGAUGUAGGCCCAUGGGACUUUGAUGACCAAACCACGAAAAAAGCAUGACACUUGACCUAGAUCUAGUUCUCAUCCUAUGUGCAUUGUGUCAUCUUAUGAAACCCUGGAAUACAGACUAGAUAUGAUUUACGGUAACUUGAG